AUUCAUUCUAUCUGGUCUCCCACAGUACACAGAACAUGGAAGUGCAUUUAUUUUACUAAAUAUAAACUGCUAAAUACCUUUUCCUUCUAUUAGUGUCCAGCCAAGCACAAGUUAAAGCUUGUAGGAGGACUUUUCAUUUUGCUCUAGGAGGAUGCGGAACCCCUGACCUCUGGCUUUACAGUGUUGAUUGGCCCUGUGCUGAUCACAUGCACUCUCCCAAGACAAAAAAAAAAAACCUUUCUAGCAAUACACACCAAACUGAGCAUGUGCAGGGUGUCUCCACACAAUAUGUCUUAUCAGGAGAUAAGAGGGGGCACUGGAAGAAGGGGAGGAUCAGAGAAGUCAGGAUCAAACAGCGUUUUUACACAAUGCAGAGGAUUAAUCCCUUAGGUUCCACAGUGACCGUAAAAAGCAUGCUUUACUGCAUAUACAACUGAUUUUAUUGUUGUGGGUUUAG